AAAGCAUUCUGGGCCAGUGGGGUGUCAGACGCCAUGAUUUUGUUUAGCUGGACCAGAAAAUGGAUGCUUGCUGCUAGUUAGUUGAAUGGUAUCUGUACCUCUCAGGAGACUGCAUUUUCAACUACAGGUCUCUGAAUUUUUACUUAAAGGAUACAAGCCUACAUGUCAGUUACGUCCAAGUCCAUGCUGAGUCUGAUAGUAAACUAUAUGACCAGGCUGGCGCUGUUGAAGUGGACCUCAGUUAGCUAGCCGGCUAAUGCUAGCAGCCACCACCGGGUGGCCAACGUUAGCUUGCUAGGGGCUAGAACGAUAAUAAUAGCCGGCUGAUCAUAAAAACAAAUAUACCGUGUCUUGCUCAGCUGAAUGGCAGACAUACAAAUCGGACCAAAGGCUACACCCUAAGUAACAGGUAUGGCCUGGAUUUGAUUUGGACAGUGCUGGUGAUGGCAGAAGGGACUUGCACUGGCGAAAUGCCCUCCUUUGACCCAAGUCCUAGUUCUCAAGCAAAAAAGAGACAUACUUCUUCUGAUGGCAGAGACGAGCCCAUGAGGAAAAUGCCUGUGUCAAAAUUUGGUUCCAGACCUCGAUUUGAGCCUGUACACUUUGUCAGUGGUGGGAGCAGUGGAGGAAGUGGCACUGAUGAGAAGGAGAAUGAUAAGGAGCGCAGGAGGAGUGAAUUGUACAGUGUGAGACAGCGGGACUCUGAACACCCUGUCCACAGCAGCAUCAGCAGAGCACAGGGCUCCUCCUCCUUGAGGCCUGCUUUUGACAGAGUGCCAUCGUACAGCUCUGACUCUUGGGGUUCCCAUAGAGAUAGAGACAGAGACAGAGAAAUUUUUUCAGGUAGUACAAGUGGGCUGGGAUAUGGAGGCCGAGGGUGCACUUCAAACUUCAUGGUUAAAACACAGCAGGACUACAUGAACAAGUAUGAAGCACACAGCUCUCGGAAUUCAGAUUCCUAUUCCCAGCCUCACAGAUAUAAUGGCUAUGUGGGAGGGACCAGAACAGGAGGCAGGGAUUCGGGACGCCAGGGUUUGGGGUACAGUCAUCAGGAUCGGCCGUCAUCAAGCCGGCCAUUUUGCAGAGUGUACAACAGCCCAGGCAGGAGCAGCCCCACCACUUCUCAGUCUUCAUCACAGCCUCUCCCUGUUUCUCAGUCAACACUUGAUGAGAAACAAAGGUUGAUUGCCAAUGUAGCGUCUGCAUUGGCUGUUGCUUUUAGAGAUCCGAUGUUUGUGACUGGAAGUGAUUCACCAAACUAUAAUUUCAUGUUGAGCCGUAGCAUUCAGGCCUGCAAGACUAACCCCGAAUAUAUUUAUGUCAACUUGAAGGAUAUUCCUCAGGCUGACCUACCUAAAAACAGGAAAGUACCAACAGAUGGUUAUGCCUGUGAACUGAGAUGUCAGGGUGUGUAUCUUGCUACUGGAUACUCUGGGAGUAAAAAUGGGGCAAGGGACCGUGCCUCUGAGCAGGCUGUAAAACUCUUCUUGAAAGCAGUUGAGGUUCGUGUGGUGCAGCGCAAAUACAAACACUCAGUAGUCAAUGACAUAGUUGUGUGCCAGAUGCACAGCCCAACCCCAGCCUUUUUACCUGCACUUCGCAACCCAGAGGAUAAACCAACGCCCAGCUCUAAGGGCCAAUACGAGCCAGAUAAAAGGAAGCAUUGGACAGAGUUCGUUGUUAUGGACAAUGCUCACGACGCCAUCUGCAUACUCAACAAUUCUGCAGCAUUUAAUCGCAUGAAAAUAGACUACAAGUUCGACUUGCUCCCCAACAGCAGUGCCUGGUUGUGCAGUGUUUUCCUGCAGGAUGAACUGGUGGCGCAGGCAACAGGCACUAAAAAGAACGCAAAACAUGCAGCAGCUGAAGAGGCUGUGAGGAAACUUCGCAUGAACCAGGCACAACAACAGCAACAACAACAGCUGCAGCAGCAGCAACAACAACAGUCACAAUAUGCCAGAGGAAGUAAUCAGUCAGACUGUGGUGGACGCUUUGGACAACAGGAAGGCAAAAAGAAGCAUCUGAGCGAGUUGGUUAUCUUGGAAAAUUCUGACAAUGCAAUCUGUAUCAUUAAUGACACAGCUCAGUUUAACAAAGUGACCGCUGAUUACAAGUUCACAGUCCUGCCUGAUCAUCGCUGGAGGUGUGAAGUUUACUUGGAAGGACAAUAUGUGGCUGCCGGAAUUGGCCCCAAGAAAAUAGUGAAACACAUUGCAGCAAAGGAGGCCUUGGCUACCUUGAGACAGACGCAGGCUGUGGUCAAAUCCAAUCUAAGAAAGGAGGGUCACAACGACGCCAUAUCCCGAUCCCAGAUCUUGGCUCGCUCCGGUGAAGAAGCCACAAAGCAGGAGAUUAAGGAAGAUAACAUCGGAAACCAGCUGCUCCGCAAGAUGGGCUGGAAAGGAGGUGGUCUGGGGCGAGAUGGGGAAGGUAUCGCAGAACCAAUCAGAGUGAAGGAGCAGUUCUCCAGAGAAGGGCUGGGUAUGGACACGGAUAAAACUGGAAAUCAGCUCAGCAAACGUGAUAUCGAGGACAUUAUUCGUAACUAUGCCAGUUCAGACCGCCAGGAUGAUCUUCGCUUCUCCACUGACCUCACCAAUGAUGAACGCAAGCAGAUCCACCAGAUAUCUCAGAAAUACGGCCUACGAAGCAAGUCAUACGGUCAGGGACGGCAACGUUUCCUUGUUGUGAGUCGCAGAGUACACAAAGACCAGCUCAUUGGUCAGCUUUUACAAGAAGGACAGGUGGGACGAUAUGAGCUUGUGAAACCUCAGGCUUCUCACUAAUUUGCAUGCAGAGGAAAAUUGAAAAAAAAAAAAAAUAAGAAAAAAGACAGAAUUGUCAUCAGCUUGGACUUAACAAAUCACACUCAAGUGUAACUGCUGUGUUUAUACUUGUGUGGGCCAAAUGUACAAUGUUAAUAAAUGAGAAUCCUUCAGAUAUCA